CACGGAACCAAGCCUGAGCGCGACCCGGGCACUGAGACGCCGACUCCGCCGACGCUGGACGAAGCAGCGGGACCGGUCCGUGCCUGAGCAUGGAAAUGAAGCGCCAGGGAGGGCAUGUCCGGGGCGCCGGAGACGCCAGGCCCGAGUAGCUCCUCCAUGGAGCCUGCCCAGAGCGGUCCCUGCUCGCCGGUUUCGCCCCUGGUCCUGUGCGGCUGCUGAGAGCGCUCCUUGCUCUGUAAAGUGGAUGUCAGGUGGAUCUAUGUUUUUGAAGGAACAAAGACUCAGCGAAAGCACCGCCGAGGAAGUUUGAGACGCGGGAGGAUGCAGGCUGCGUGCUGGUACGUGCUUCUCCUCCUGCAGCCCACCGUCUACUUGGUCACAUGUGCCAAUUUAACAAAUGGUGGAAAGUCAGAACUUCUAAAAUCAGGAAGCAGCAAAUCCACACUAAAGCACAUAUGGACAGAAAGCAGCAAAGACUUGUCUAUCAGCCGACUCCUGUCACAGACUUUUCGUGGCAAAGAAAAUGAUACAGAUUUAGACCUGCGAUAUGAUACCCCAGAACCUUAUUCUGAGCAAGACCUUUGGGACUGGCUGAGGAACUCCACAGACCUCCAAGAGCCUCGGCCCAGGGCCAAGCGAAGGCCCAUUGUUAAGACGGGCAAGUUUAAGAAAAUGUUUGGAUGGGGUGAUUUUCAUUCCAACAUCAAAACAGUGAAGCUAAACCUGUUGAUAACUGGGAAAAUUGUAGAUCACGGCAAUGGGACAUUUAGUGUUUAUUUCAGGCAUAAUUCCACCGGUCAAGGGAAUGUAUCUGUCAGCUUGGUGCCCCCUACAAAAAUAGUGGAAUUCGACUUGGCACAACAAACCGUGAUUGAUGCCAAAGAUUCCAAGUCCUUUAACUGUCGCAUUGAAUAUGAAAAGGUUGACAAGGCUACCAAGAACACACUCUGCAACUAUGAUCCUUCAAAAACCUGUUACCAGGAGCAGACCCAGAGUCAUGUAUCCUGGCUCUGCUCCAAGCCCUUUAAGGUGAUCUGUAUUUACAUUUCCUUUUAUAGUACAGAUUAUAAACUAGUACAGAAAGUGUGCCCCGACUACAACUACCACAGCGACACACCUUACUUCCCCUCCGGAUGAGGAUGGACAUGGGUGAGACUGAAGCCUGAGGAAUUAAAGGUCAUAUGACAGGGCUGUUACCUCACAGAAGAAGGUCACAUCUGUUGCCUGGAAUGUGUCUACACUGCUGCUCUUGUCAACUGGCUGCAAAUGUGCCAGUGGAAAUCAAUCUGAUGUAAUUUCUGCCCAGUCAGCUUCAUCUCUCAGCAUAGUUGUAAAUCACCACAGAUUUUAAAGGCACACUUGAAGACAUGCUCUCACACAUAGAUGUACACAAACACAUAUUCUUAUACAUUUCAGCUUGCAUCUGUCACGGUUCCUGUCAAGAGGGCUUUCAUUGUCUGACUCAUAAUGGUUUAGGAUAAACUUUCAUCAAGCAAAAGGAUUAACUAGACAGUGAAUGGUUUCUAACACUUGCUGUUAUGGAAAUCUCUUUUAAAGUCUUGAGUACAUGCUAAUCAAUAAUCCCCAUUCAUGCAUUCCUACUGCUUGGAGUAGCUGUACUGGUAAAUACUACUGUAGGAGUAUAUGCUUGUUAAAAUGGAAAAAAAAAUGUGUCUUUAGAGCUCAGUAUGCUUUAUUUUAUGAACACAACAAAGUGUAGUAAAUUUUUUCCAGCAUAUAGUAGGCACAUUCAAGGUAAUAUAAGAUGGCUCUUUUUUUCUAUGGAGGGAGCCUGUUUUCAGUAAAGAUGAGCAAACAUUUGGAAUUUACAUGUGGGCAGACAUUGGAUUACAGCUUUCAUCACCAGUCAUUGGACUUUUGCAAAGUGAGACCAGCUAAGGCUGCUUAAAACAAGUUCUGAUCAUUAUAUAAGAAGGGAAAUGCCUGACAGACACCAUGUAAGUUAUAAGUGUCUGUCUUAUCUUUACUACACAUAUUGUAACAAAUUCAAUAUCCUAGUCUUCAUUUGUAUGAAUGGUUUGUAUUGUACAUAGUUUAACCCAGUGUUAUUUGAGCUGCUUAUUAAUAUUAACUUGUAUUUGUCUCUGCUUGUUAUUGGUUAAAAAAGAAAAAAAAAA